UCGCAUGUGACUAAAGGCGUUGGGUCAUGUUGUUCCCCCGGCCACCACUCCAAGUAUUAAUUUACAUUUCUAAGGGUCCUGUCCACUACUGAACUGUUUCCAGCAGUGAAAUAAACAGAUUUAACAGACACCUUCAUAACAGGAGAGAUGAACCGAUGCAUUUCCUUCUUCUGAGGUUCAUCUGAAGUCACUUGCCAAAGAGAAGUAUCGCUCAGGACUGAUUUGAGGUCUGGACCAGACAGACAUACCAGAGGGACUGUCCCGUGCACGGAGCAUUAUGGCAGAGCCAGACUAUAUGGACGGUGAUGGCGAUGAACUCGUAAAGCCCAAGAAACUCCUCAACCCAGUGAAGUCCUCCAGAGAUCACCAGGACUUACACAGAGAGCUCAUCAUGAACCAGAAGAGGGGUCUUGCGCCACAGAAUAAACCAGAACUCCAGAAGGUGAUGGAAAAGAGGAAGAGAGACCAGGUGCUGAAGACUCAGAAAGAGGAGCAGGAGGCGCACAAGAAGAGGUCAGACCUUGAGAUCGAGCUCAUGAAGAGACGAGAGAACCUCGAACAGCUGGAAUUGGAGCAACAAAAGAAUGAAGAGGAGCAAGAAAACACCCCAGAGUUUGUCAAAAUGAAAAGCAAUUUGAGAAGAACCAAACAGGAAGAGGAGGGGCAGGAGCGUGCCACCUAGAAACCGUUUCUAUUGUACAUUUGUUGACAUGGCAACUGGACUGUUGUUUGUGGGGAUUUCCUGGUGUUCCUCCCCCAUGUGUCCCUGUGAAACAAGUGACUGUAGACGAACGGUUCCUGUUGCCUGCUCGCAGACACAACCAGUAUUCACGCUGCCUCUUUUUCUAAACAACGAUCACAAAUAAAGAGGAUUGAAGAAUAAACGAAACGCAUACACACAAACUCUUGUACAUGGGUGCAGCCUCUUUGCCACUGGUUGACUGGCUUUAAAGAACACGCAUGGCAGAACAAACAGAGACCAAAUGAUUACUAGGGCUGCUCCGAUCACAAUCGGCCGAUCAUUAUGCGCAUCUCGUCAGUAAAGCCGGUUCUCUAAUCAGCGGUAAAUUCCAUCAGGUGCGUGAUUUCACAUAGAGC